CACUUUUUCUCUUUCGACGGAAAAACUAACCGGCCAGAAUCAAUCAAACUCCUUGCAUCCCCAAAUCAGAAGCUCGUUAGAGGUAAGAAAUCGCAUUUAAUUAUUACUUCUGGUUGAUUUUUGAGAAUUAUUUGAACCUUUUGGAUUUUCAGGUUGAAAUUUUGUGAUUUUCCCAGCAGUUGUGGUUGUUUCUAGUUUCCUUCGAAAUUUGUUCUUGAAUCUUAUUUAUGUUAUGGUUAAAGUUGGUGUUUUGUUGGGAUUUUGAUUCAUGUGCACCGGGAUUCUAUUAUAUGGUUAAAAAAAAAGAAAAAUUAUGUUUAAUUGAGUUUCCUCCUGGCAAUUUGAGUAUUGCCCAAUUAGGGUUUACGGAAUUAUAACUCACUAUGGAGUAUUUUUGUGUUUUAUUAUUUGUUUUAGGGAGAUUUAUAGAAUGGAGGAGGCCAAUGAUGCUGGUGAUCAGCAAAAUUCAGUUUCAAGAUAUGAUGAAGAUGAAGAUUUUCAUGACAAACAAGGGGUCAACAAUAACUCCGUUAGGGAAGGGAGUGCUGAUAUUGAUGAAAACGCGGCAGAAAAUGCAACAAAUCUUUCAGGAAGGAAGAAAAAAUUGUUCGAACUGAAGCUUAGAAUGAAUGAGGCGAAAAAGGCAAAUCAGACUGCAAUUGUGGCGGAAAAGAAAGGAAUGGAAGCUCCAAAAGAAUCUAGGGGCAUUUCCAAGCAAAAAUGGCUUGAGGAAAGGAAAAAGAAAAUUGGUAGACUUCUAGAUGCCAAUGGAUUGGAAAUGAGUAAAGCAUACAUGCUAGAUACACAAGAGAUGGCAGAAACGAAGUAUAAGAAGUGGGAAAAGGACCCUGCUCCUGCUGGUUGGGAUGUUUUCAAUCAGAGAACACUGUAUAAUGCAUACAAGAAACGGACUAAAAACGUUGAGGUUGAUGUUGAGGAAUACAACAAAAUGAAAGAAGCUGAUCCAGAGUUUUAUCGGGAUGCAUCAAGUCUCCAAUAUGGAAAAGCACCCAAAGUUUCUGAGGAAAGGAUUGACAAAAUGGUGCAGGAGCUCAAGGACAGAGAAGAAAAACGGAAUACAUUUAGCAGGAGGAGAAGGUAUCGGGAAGAGAAGGAUAUCGACUCCAUUAAUGACCGUAAUGAACAUUUCAACAAGAAGAUUGAGCGUGCAUUUGGCAAAUACACUCUGGAGAUUAAGAACAACCUUGAAAGAGGCACUGCGCUGCCUGACUGA